AUGUCGACGGGCAUUUUGGACCAAAAAACGUUGGUUCAUCUGCGUCGGAGGGGCGCUGAAGGCGCGGCGGAUCCGGAGCCAACGACGCGAAAGGAGCCUCGUAUUCCUCGAACGAAGCCCUACGUACUUGUGCCCUCACUCCCAGAGCUGCGUCCGCCUGCGACCACGCGUCUGCAGGACCUAGCCGUGGAUAAAUACUCCGGCUCUACGGCAACCAGCCAGCGAAUGUCGCAUAGUGUCCGUCCACCGUUGGAGGCAGAAGAGCUCAUGGCUGUUACUUCUGGUCCUGUUGACCCAUCGCCAGUCCCAUCGGAUGAACUCCCUAGUCAGACCGUUCUUCCGGACAUCCCUUUCAUCGACUUUCGCCCCAGGCGGCGCAGGCGAUCGAGCGUGUCCUCCCGGCCCCUUCUUCCCGAACACAUCCCUGCAGCUGAGCUCAAGCUCGCUGUGAACCCUGGCAUCGCUCCUCAAGGCAUCCUACUCGCUGGCGAUCGCUUGUCGUACGUUCCUCCCGGGCACCUCAAGUUCGCGCCCUCUCCUGUGCGCGACACGGUACCCUCGGCGGCGGCAGCCAGCUCUAUCUUGGAGUCGAUCAAGACUGAAGAUACUGAUGCUGUUCUACCUUGCCCACUGGUUGCUGAGACGGCGCCUUCUGACAAUCACUCGGUCUUGCGGUCAGUGUCCCUCGGCUUCUUCUGUGGAACUGUACUGUCCAGUUUCUGUCUCGUUCUCUUGGCUGUUGUGUGGUCCGUCUUUGUUGUGGUGUUCACUGAUGUGUAA